AUGUCCUGUCGACAUUGUGGUACCAGUGAGAAAUCUACGCCAAUGAUGCGUCGAGGACCAGAAGGACCUAGGACCCUUUGCAAUGCAUGUGGACUGAUGUGGGCAAAUAAGGGAACUCUGAGGGACCUCUCAAGAGCAGCCUCCCAAUCAGGACAGAAUCCUUCCUUGACCCAAAAUGAGGGGAGGAUUUCAGAGAUUGAUGGUAGUUUCAUGUAUUGGGCCGUCUCAUUGACACGUGGGGACUUGAAGGAAAGUGGGAAGGGUAAUUCACUCCGUAGUCCCAACCACGAGACAAAGUCCUAG